CUCCUUCUCCCCUCCCCCCCCCCUCUUGUCCCUCUUUCCGCUGCGCGUUUGCUUUCGCCCCUGAUCGCUCGCUGCCCCCUUCUUUCCUGUGUAGCCAUGGCCCGCUCCCCCAUCUAUUCGCUUCUGCUCGUCAUCUUCGCGCUCGUCGCCAUGGCCGCCUCGGCUCGGAGCGACGAGGCCCAGGCCUCCGUCACCAUCGACGAUUCGGAGACCAUCGUCCUCGGCAACAAGGAAAUCCCCACCGACCCGGAAGAGAUGAAGGCCCUGAUUGAUAACCUGGCCAAGGCCGCGGCCUCCGACAGCCCCCUGCCCGCCCCUCCUGCCCUGAACAUCAAGCAUAUCCUCCCGGAUGCCCCCUUCAAUGCCUUCGCCUCCAAUGACUUCGCCAACGUCCUCAUCGGCCUGGAGAACGCCGGGUCCAAGGCCUACCAGAUCCACUCGAUCGGGGCCAACCUCCACAGCCCCAAGUCCUAUGCCACUGUCAGCAAGGAGCUCGACACCUACAAGUAUGACAUGAGCAUCGCCCCUGGCGAGCAGGCCACCGUCCACUACCGCUGGUUCCUGCCGUCGGUCUUCCAGCCGAUUGAUCACAUUCUGACCGUGGAGGUUUCUUUCUCGGACGAGGCCGGCCAGCUCUACACCCUGCCUGCCUUCAACCAGACUGUUUCCUUCGUCGAGCCGACCAGCCACUCGGCCUUCGAUCUGCAGUCUCUGUCGAUCUACGCCCUCAUUCUGGCGGCCAUCGGCGGUGUUGCUUACUACUUCACCAAGGACAACCUCAAGAAGGCUCCCAAGGAGACCUCCCCCGUUGUCACUGCUCCAGUCGCCCCGAAGGUGGAUGCCGACUGGGUCCCGGCCGCCGCUCGCAGCCACGCCAACAAGACGGCCGCCGGCAAGGCCUCGCGUAAGUAAGCGGCACCCCCCGAACGAGCGGAAGUCAAGCCCCCCCCCCCCUGGGUGUCGCACUUCCAUCCCUUCUCUGUCCUUUCCCACUUGCGGCGCAUUGCACCCCCGCCC